UAGACAUGUCUUGUUGGAGCUGGUCCAGAAGGGAAGCAUACUGCAUUGGAAGCGGUAACUAUUGUUCUUGACCUUCCACCACCUCAACCUGGAACCAUGUCAGGACUUGCAUCUAUUGAUAGAGUGUCUGCGUCAGAUCCGAAGUCUGCUUUGGCAUUGCAGAGAUUAGUGCAGGCUGCGGUGUGGUUUUUGGGUGAAAAUGCAAAUUAUGCUGCUUCUGAAUAUGCUUGGGAGUCAGCAACACCUCCUGGCACUGCACUUAUGAUGUUAGAUGCUGAUAAAAUGGUGGCAGCUGCAAGUUCUAGAAAUCCUACACUUGCUGGGGCUUUGACACGGCUUCAAAGGUGUGCCUUUAGUGGAAGCUGGGAGGUUCGGAUAAUUGCUGCUCAAGCCUUAAUCACUAUUGCAAUCAGAUCUGGAGAGCCUUAUCGACUACAGAUAUAUGAAUUCUUGCAUGCUUUAUCUCUAGGUGGUGUUCAAUCUCAGUUUUCACAAUCACAACUUAGUAAUGGGGAAGAUCAAGGUGCUAGUGGUAUUGGUAUUGGGUCUUUAAUUAGUCCUAUGCUAAAAGUACUUGAUGAGAUGUACAGGGCACAAGAUGAUUUAAUCAGAGAUAUGCGGAACCAUGACAACAACAAACAAGAAUGGACAGAUGACGAACUAAAGAAACUUUACGAGACUCAUGAGCGACUUCUUGAUUUGGUUUCAUUGUUCUGCUUUGUCCCAAGGGGAAAGUAUCUUCCUAUUGGUCCUACCAGUGACAAACUCAUUGACAUAUACCGUGACCGACAUAACAUUAGUGCAUCUUCUGGUUUGAAUGAUCCAGCUGUAACAACAGGGAUAUCUGAUUUGGUGUAUGAAUCUAAACAAGUUGAUGUAAAGCCAUCUAAUGCUAUUGAUCCUGAAUUGGCAAUGGCUUGGGCAGCAGGUUUAGAUGAUGGUAUGUGGGAAAAUAAUGCACCAGCAAUGGAGAAGGUAAAUGAAUUUCUUGCGGGUGCUGGAACUGAUGCUCCGGAUGUUGAGGAGGAAGAGAAUUUAACUUCUCGGCCAUCAGUGACAUAUGACGACCUAUGGGCUAAGUCUAUUCUUGAAACUUAUGAAGCUGAGGGAGAUGAUGCGAGAUCGUCAGGGUCAUCGUCUCCUGAAUCAACUGGCUCUGUGGAAACAUCUAUAUCAUCCCAUUUUGGUGGUUCGAACUAUCCGUCAUUGUUCAGUUCACGUCCAUCAGGCUAUGGGAUUUCACAAACUUCAGAAAACAGGUCAGGAACCAAUGUGAGGCGGUUCAACAACACAUCUACUGGUGGUGCAGGUUUCGAGGGAAUUGGAUCUCCGGUUAAGGAAGAACCACCAUCGUACUCAUCUAUGCUUCAGAGAUACGAGUCCUUCGAAAAUCCUUUAGCAGGGGCUGGUGCACGGAGUUUUGUCUCACAGGAUGAUCACACAAGUACACAAAAUCCACAAUUUGGGAAAGCCUUAUAUGACUUCACCGCAGGUGGUGAUGAUGAGUUAAGCUUAACAGCUGGAGAGGAGGUGGAAAUUGAUUACGAAGUCGACGGUUGGUACUAUGUGAAGAAAAAACGACCUGGAAGAGAUGGGAGAAUGGGCGGACUGGUUCCAGUUCUCUACAUCAGUUCAUCUUGAUGUAUCCGAUAAGACACAAUCUGUUCAGCCUUCAUAAUUUCUCUUCUCCCAUUUGAGAAAAACUGCAGAUCUUUUUUUUUGGGCUCCAUUUCGUUCUUCCAUACCUGGUACGACAUUUGUGAUGAAAGAAGCCCAGCAGAGAUCCAUUUUGGCUCCCGCAUUGUAGGCCUGCCUACCUGCCCGCCCGUUUCUGGAUUUCCAUUCCUGGUAUGAGCUCUAUUCGAUGUUGUAUCCAAAUACAUGUGUUUGUUCAUUUUUCAUAUUUCAUUCUCAUUGUUUUCGUAUGGCUGUUUUUGGCCAUUAGGUCAUGUAAUUUUACCGAUCGCGUUUGUUUAUUGCCUUUGAAUUCUAUGAUGCAGUCUUUGUAAGAGUAACGCAAGGUUUUCCUCUUUUUU